GUCUGAGCUCAUCGGUGCUUGGAUAGUCAUGACAGUAGUACCCCUAGCAUGCAUAGUCUUCUUCUGUGCUACAGCCCCUCGAGUUAGACAACGAGAGCUACUCUUCAAGUUGUUCCAUAGAGAUGGAGUGUACACUCAACCUUCGAUGGUUGAGAUGGAGGACUUGGAGGCUGGUCCUACUACACAGGGCCCCCCGAGGCAGAGUAGUUGGUGGGAUAGGUUGUGGGGUCGGUCGAGGGCAGCAGCACAAGCCGGUACUGGUAUGGCAGCGACGGUUAUAGGGAAAGCCAAACCU